UUCGCUGAAAGUUUCUGACGCCAUUGUGCUGAAAAAUUUUUGUUCGUGAAGAAGCGGUGAAAAAAUUUUGGUUAUUUAAGCUAUAUUAUAAUAAAAAGUGUGAAAAUUCAGCAAAGUUAUUGUAAUUUACAAAAUUGAACUGAAAAAUUGAAAACAAAUUCCAUUUCAAAAUGCGUGGAGGUCGUGGAGGAUAUAAUUCACGCGGUUCCGGCUCUAGCCGUGGCGGUAAUAAUUACCGCAGUAAUAAUUAUGGGCGCAUGCAAAACUCUGGUGGGAGGUCCGGUGGGCGCGACGGCUAUAAUAAUAACUACAACAGUAGUGGUAAUUCUCGUUAUAACAACUACAAUUCUGGUGCAAGCGGUAGCGCUGGGCAUUAUGAUCGAUCUAGGGAUCGCUUCAAUAAUAGCUCUGCUAGUGGCAGCCGUCAUGAUUCCGGUCAUAAAAGGUCUUAUCGCGAUUCUUCACGCGAUCGCACUGAUGAUAGGAAACGCUCACGUCAAGACGAUUAUAGACGUACUUCAUCGACUGGACGUGGAAAUCGUACUCCACCGCCCCCUCCGCCACCAAUGGUUUCUACAGCCUCAACUUCAAAUUACCGUAGCAGUGGUGGAGCUAAUACAUCUAGCAAUUCAUAUCGUGGUACGAAUUCACGCAACGAUCGAGAUGACUCCAAUGCAAAUUCCAGCCGUCAUCGCUCGCCAAUGGGUAUACAAAAGCGUCCCAUACGGACGGGCUAUGUUUCAAGACCACGCGGAAAUAUGUCAUCUUAUCAUCGUGGCGGCAUGCGCACUACUUUGCUAAGAGGGGGUGUGCGCAUCAUAAGAAACAACAGGAAUGAGGCAAACGAUUUGCGCAUUAUGCGCCGAAAGCUGUUGUAUGCCCAACAAAAAGAUCGAGCGCGUGUAUUAAAGAUACAGCGCCUCACAAGCUCAUUACGUCGUCGCAGGAUAGUGCGUCGUUCGAAGAGUCCGCGACGUUCUAAGAAGGACGAUUCAUCAGAUGACGAGGAGGAUAAUGACAAGGGCAACGAUAGCGAUAAGGACGAUAACAAAAGCGACACGGAGACUAAGAAAAAAUCUUCAAAACGCAGCACCAGUAAGCGUUCCAAGUCUUCGGAAAAAGGUGAUGAUGGCGAAAAAAGUGGUGGUGAUGAUGAAGAUGAUGAUGGUGACAACGAUGAUGAUGAAGAUAAUGAAGAUGACGACGAUGUCAAAGAGGGUUCUAAGUCAACAAAAAAGAGUAAAAAGGGUGAGGACUCAUCGGCUGAAACAGAUGAUCAUAAGGAUGAUGAAGAUGAUGAAGGUGGUGAUGGCGAAGCUGAGGGUGAUACAGGAGAUGCCAAUGGUGAUGCCGAGAAAGAUAGUGGUGAGAAAGAGGUAAAGAAAGAAGGUAAGAAAAAGGAGAAAGAAGAUGAUGAACGCAAGAAGGAUAAAGCCAAGAAGAGUUCGUCAUCGUUAUCCAAGAAAGACAAGGAUAAGGGUAAAGAAAGCAAGGAGAAACGUAAGAAGGAUGAACACAGCGAUGACGAGUCGGAAAAGAAAGAUAAGAAGUCGCACAGCGCACGACGUGAAGAUUACAGCAAACGCAGCUCGGGCUCACGUGUCAAUUUGACAUGUAUCCAUUGUCAUACCAGCUGCUUCACGUAUCCGGAUUAUCAACAACAUUUAUAUUCGCGCACUCAUAAAAAUGCGGUUCGUCAAAUUUCCCUUCGGCAAAAGGCUCAUUUGCUGCGUUUACGAGCUCGCCAACGUGCCGCACAGCGUGAGAUCGAGGAGAAUUCCAAGGAAGAAUACGAAUCCAAAUUCUGUCAUCUCUGCCGGCUGCAUUAUCGCCAACCCAAGGCUAAGCAUCAAUUGUCUGAACACCACAAGACAAUGAAAAAGUUCUUAAUGCCAUAUUGCUCCACUUGCCAUUUGGCAUUUAAGAGUCCAAUGCUCUACGAAACGCAUCGUUGCUCUUUAGAGCAUUUGAAGCGUAAGGCGCGUAAACGUGAUUCGGAUAGUGACAACAGCGAUGAAGAUACUCGCGAGAUCGAUUUGAACAAAUUCCUCACUGUCGAUUCUGUGGGUGAAAUUGAUGAAAUAGAUGAUUUAGAUGUGGAUGCUCUAUUGAAUGAAGGAGAAGCAGGUACAGAUGGCGAAGAGACUGGCAAAGAGCGUCAUCCCGUCGGCGCAUCAUUUAUUAAGAAAGUAGAUGCCUAUUUCUGUGAACUUUGUAAUCAUUAUUCAGUCGCCAGUGAUUCUGUUGAAGCGUACGCCAAGAAGCAUUGUCUACUACGGUCGCAUUUGAAGGCUUUCCUGCGUAACAAAGACGAGGAAGAGAAGGCAGCUAAAAAAGCUAAGGCUAAAGAAGAAAAGGAUGCUGAAAAUGAUAAAAAAGACGGUAAAAAGAAGGAAAAGGUUAAUGAAGAGGACGAUAAGGAUGGUGCUGAAGGUAACGGUCAUGAGAGUGGUGGCGAAGAAGGCGAAGAGGUGGCUGAAGAUAAGCUUUGGGAAGACGUUGAUAAAGAUUUGGGCGAUUUAUUGCGUGAAGUUGGACCAGAAGAUCGCGAUGAUGAAGAAGAGGAUGAAUCGGUGCUUAAUAUAGAUAUUGAAAGUGAAAAACCAAAAGUCAAGGAGGUUAACGGUAAGAAAGAAGAACCCGCUCCGACACCACCAGCACCAGCACCUGCACCAGUUGAAGUAAAAGAAGUUAAAGAGACAAAAACUGAAACGAAAUCGCAAGCAACGCCAGUUAAACCUAAGCCACAGCGUAAAACAGUAUCGAGUUCCAAGGGAACGAGCGCAUCUAGUGAAGCUAAGGAUAAAUCUUCCGCAGCAAAAUAAAUUAUGAACAUUAAUUAUGCAAUUUACAUUCAUAGUAAAUUAUGAUCAACUUUAUGUAGAUUAUAUCGAAUAAGUUUUAUGGACUUAAUAAUAUAUUAGUAAUUUCGUUUAAUGCUGACAAUGUAUGACCUUACGUGCAUAAACUGUAAUUGUAUUGAAAUAAAUACACAUGAUUAAUAAAUGUA